AUGGAUAACACUAGCAUCAAUAAAGUUAAGAACGAAGAGUUCAAGAUAUGGAAGAAGACUGUUCCUUCUCUUUACAAUCAUAUUACAACAAGAAAGCCUAUUUAUUUGUCUCCGCAAGUAAAUCACUCUGUUAACAAUUUUAGUAAGAUUAAGAAGACAAUAUGUUUUACUGAUAAAGUUAUUCCACAAAAGGAUUCAGGAAUUUUAGAAACUUCAGUAUUGUACAGUCAAGGAUAUGAAGUCUUUGAACUUGGUUUCGAGUUACCAUUAGGAGCUUAUGCCAAGAGUUCAGAAAGAAUAACUGAUCCAAAAUUCAAUUGUGAUGAUAAAACUACGACAACCCCUUUGUCCGCCAAAUGGUCGUAUCAAGGUGAAACUAUUUCCAAAUUAGAGUAUCUUAAUGUUGGCGAAACUACCGCUAUUGCUAUGGCAAAUACAGGUUCGUUAGCAUGGUUUAAAGAUGGUUUGAAAGUGCCAAUACAUGCUAUGCAAGAAAUCAUUGGUCCUGGUACCAGUUUGUCGAGCAUUCAUUCCGCUAAGGGUGGUCCAUCGGAUAUUAAUGAUUUCUCUAUUUCCUUAGAUGAUGAAACUAUCAUUAAGACUCAAUCUCUCUCGGAUAAUGGUAGCAUUAUAAAAUUAAUCGAUAAUGCUGCUAAACCUGGUACUGUUUUGCGUUCUAUUAAUGUUUCGAAAGAAUGCAUCACUCACACGAUUAAGUACAUUGAUAAUAACAUGUUUGUUACAUGCUCUAGUGAUAAUAUUAUUAGGUUUUGGGAUACCAGAGGAGAUGACAAACCGAUGUUUGUUUUACAGGACUCGAAGGAUGGUUUAUUAACUUCUCUCGACACCACACCUUUGAUUGACUCCCUUUUCAUAACUGGUUCUGAUACCGGUGUUAUUAAGCUAUGGGAUGUUAGACAAGUUUUGGCUGAGACUAAUGAUCUAUCCUAUAGACAACAUGGAGAAGAUCCGGUUCAUCAAGAAUUAUUCAGAUUUACUCAAUCGGGUGACGAUGGUGUCUCUGAUGUCCAUUUUUCAAAGACCUCAUUGGAGGACUUUUUAACAGUUGGUUCUUCCGGAAACGUGUACACAUGGAGUUUAUCUCCAGUACUUUCCGGUGCUGAGGAAGCAAAGGAUCAAGAUGCCAUGGAUGUUGACACACUGAAUAUAGAUUCUUUGAAGUUCUUCCAUGCAGGUGGUAAUAGAAAUAAGAAGGUUGAUAAAUCUGCGACUUCUAAAAGAAACACAGUUGCUUGGCAUCCAGUGAUAAACGACGUUGUCACCACUGUUGAAGAUGACGGUUUGGUAACAGUAUAUAAACCAUAUUUAGGUAGAGAUUUUGAUGACAAGGAAUAA